AUGACUGAUGACUACGCCGUGUCGUGGAGCACGGCAAUGCCGGAAGCCAUCCCAGUCCUCUUGCCCGUUCCACACGGUCUGGAGAAAUGCAGCACAGUACAUCUAUUACCAUCUCUUGAUAAAAAUAAUCAAUCGACAGAUGAAACAAUCAUCUUUAUGACUGAUGACUACGCUGUGCCGUGGAGCACGUCAAUGCCCACACUACACCUGUUACCAUCUGAUCAUCAAAAGAAGCAAUCGGUAGAUGAAGAAGUCAUCUUUAUGACUGGUGAGUACGCUGUGCAGUGGAACACGGCAAUACCGUUAUCGAACCCUUGCUUCUUGCCAGUAUUAUAA